UGCUGCUUUUUUUUAUUAAUCUUACCCACUUAGCCAUAUUCAGUAGUUGGAAGAAAAAAAAAAAAAAAAAAGAACACAUGAAGCUAUAAUAAGCUCUGUUCUUUCUUUUGAUAUAUUACAUGUUCAGAUAUUCAUACAACAUAUUUGGGGGGCAAUGAAAGUUUUGAGAAAAUGAUCAAAAAUGCUGGUUCUAAUUAUUUGCAGUGGAAAGUUUGGAAAGCACUAGAUGCAGAAUUAUGCUAAAUUUAUUUAUGUUUUACAUAUAUGCUAUUAAUUUAUGUUUCCAGUGAAAUCAAACCUCAGAGGACUUUGCAGCGCUUUUGCCACAACAGGCCUCCUGAGACAUGUUAGAUACCAUAAAAACACUAGCACGCACUGGUGACUCCACAGUCCCACUAAAUCAGAACACAAAUAGAGCUCAUUACCUGAAGAUGCAAUGAUGGUCAUUUCAGAGUAUAUAACAAAAGGUAUUUCUAAUAAUCUUUGUAAUGUAAAAAGAAAAAGAAAAAAAGAAAAGAAAACAAAUCUUGAAUUAUUACUGUGCUAACCAUUCAUUUAAUUUAAUAAUUAUUAUAUUACUAAUCUAACUUAAGACUUUACAUUUAAGGUCACAUUAAAUGGUAUAAGACACUGUGGCUAAAUAUUCUAAGCUGAUUGUUUAUUUGUUUAUUUAUGGUGUAAAAUCAAAACCUUUGCUCUAUUUUUCAGGUCACUGAAAGUAUUCCUUGUGAAAGGAAAAUGGGGAAUGGUACAUACUUUUACUUCAUGUUGUUUGAAAAUCUUGGGAGCAUAAAAUAUGCUUUUUUCACUUUGGGGUUUAUUUUUUACUGUGCUGUCAUAUACUUUAAUGUCAUUAUUAUUCUUGUAAUAUUUCUGGAAAAGACAUUGCACCAGCCUAUGUACAUUCUGAUUUCAUGUUUGUCCAUCAACUCUGUAUAUGGUACAGCUGGCUUUUUCCCAAGGUUACUGACAGACCUGCUCUAUGAUGCACAUAGAAUCUCCUAUGAAGCAUGUCUCAUACAGAGUUUUGUCAUUUACACAUAUGCAGCUUUUGAGCUUACAAUAUUAAUGCUAAUGGCAUUUGAUAGGUUUGUUGCAAUCAGCAAACCUUUGCAUUACAACAACAUAAUUACCACACAGUUACUAACUUUUUUAAUAGUUAUAGCAUGGCUUUAUCCAAUCACUUUGGUUGGUAUUGGUGCUCUUUUGACUGCCAGGCUGACAAUCUGUGGUAACAAAUUGUUAAGGGUAUACUGCCACAACUAUGAAAUUGUCAAACUCUCAUGUGUGAACAAUACUGUUAAUAAUAUUUAUGGACUGAUUGUAAUGAUCACAACCAUUUUUAUCCCUUUGAGUUUUAUAAUAUAUACCUAUGUCAGAAUUAUUAUCAUUUGUCAAAGAAGCACACGAGAGUUCAGAAGCAAAGCAUAUCAAACUUGUAUUCCACACAUAGUGAUCCUUUUAAAUUUCUCAGUUGCUCUUUUUUGUGAGCUCACUUUGAGUCGAUUUGUGAAUGGGGAACUUCCUAUAGCGCUGACUGUUGUCAUUUCACUUGAAUUUAUUGUUGUACCACCCAUUGUAAACCCUAUUGUUUAUGGUCUAAACUUUCCUGAUAUCCGCAAAAAAAUUAGACAUCUUAUAAAAGCCUCCAAAUAGCCUGCUUUAUUUCUGUUGUAAUAGUGUUACACAGAAAACCAAGUUUGAAGAAAUGUAAAGAUAUUUGUUCAAUCACGCAGUCACUCACCUUUUAGUUUUUAAAGGUAUAUGCACUAAAUGUGAUAGUUUUCUUUAAAUGAUCUCCUCAGUAAAUUUUUUUUUUUUUUUUUUGUAUAAGAGUUUUUAAAAUUGUAUAAGGGUUUUGGAAACACAAUCACAGAUUAACUUUCUUAAUCGAAAGAAUGAAGGGGCCAUCCAUAUCUUCAGCUCAGAUUAAUAACUAUAGAAUAUAAGCUUCUAUGAAAUCUUUUAAAAAUGACAUUAGUGUAUGUAAUUCUUUAAAAUUGUGUUAUCUAUUUAGAAAAAAAAAAAAAAAAAAAAAAAAAAACCUGUCUAUUUUUUUAACUGGUGUAUGUAUGUAUAUAUAUAUAUAUAUAUAUAGGUUAGCUAAUUUGGCUUGCUGUCCACUGAGGAGGGGCUCGAUGAAGCAGCUUCAACUCGAGCUCUGAUAUACCCCCCACAGUGAAUAAAUAUAGGAUAUGAUUACAUAAGGCCAAGGUACCUGAGAUGAAGGUGGAGUUUGGGGAGGUGAAGGGAUGUUGGAACAGCUGAGACUGAAGAGAG